CUCAAGUACCUUCCCCUUACACUAUCGUUAUUGGGUCAGGCAAAGGCCAAUAACGGCGGCGCCCUGUGGACACUAUAAGUGAUCUCUGGCCUGUGAUGACAACGAUAAUUUAGUCGUGUACAAAUUCGUCGCAUGGUUCCGGUUUGGCAAGUUAGCAAUGGCGAAGAGCUUAUUGGCUGUGACAUUAACUUGUCCAAAGCUCAAUAAUAACAACGUCAAUAAAGUCAUAUUGCCAAUAGAACACACCCAGACGAUACACAGCGUAUAUCUAGUAGUGCACAACAAGGAUGUUCCGUGCGAUUAUUCAGCAAGGUGCUCGACUGCUAUCGAAGCUGAUGGGUUCCAAGUCUCCAAGGAGAUGACAUUGGCAGACCUAAAGGCUGUGGCCGACAUGCGGGCAGUGGCAUUUCAUUGUGCAAUGGAGCCUGGAAAAAUUCCUUCGACCUAUGAGUCUGGAAAACACCCUGCAGCUGCUGUUGUAAAUGCCUUUCAAAUCCUCAUGGAUGGUGAAAAGGUCAAGAUUAAAAUAAAAUCUACCUGUCACAACAGAAAGGAUGAGCUGUACAAUGAUGUCGUCAAGCUCAUGGUGCAGAGAAAUCUAAAAAUGCACAAAAGCAGUGUUGCAGACGAAGGAGAAUACAUAGUUCAGGUGAUCACCAAUGCCCUUUGGUGUCUGACAAAUCACCAUCUCACCAUAAAUGACGCGGCCAAAACAUAUAGAGACGCCAUACCAGUGCCAGAAAUGUUUGCGCAAUUCCAAGGCUUUAAUGAUUUAAAAGGAAAAAAACUGAAAAGUCAACCACUUCAGCAAGCAGAGUGUGACAGUCAUGCAAAUGCUUUAGUGAAUAUUAUUACAAAACCAAUAUUUCACAGCGAUGUACAUUGGCAGCAGUUCAAGGAAGAGGUUGAGUGUCUGGCAAAGUGUCUUGUUCACUAUAAAAUGUAUUUAGAAAACAUACUAAAAGUCAAACACACAGACACGAUCAGCUAAACC